AGGUGUAACUGUGUUGUUUGGAGUGGAUGUAAACCAUUUAGAUCAGCAUUUCACCAAAGGCACCAACGUUUUUACCAAAGUUAUAUUUAAUUUUCCCCAUGUUGGUGGGAAAAUGAAAAUUCAUUUGAAUCGAGUUCUUCUAAGUCAGAUUUUUAAAAAUGUUACUGAUUACGUUUCGCACGAAUCUAAUGUCUGCAUCACACUUUGUGAUGGUCAGGGUGGCACAGGUGCUGAUUCUAAACUUCGACGCUAUGAUGAUAGCUGGCAAGUGGUGGAAAUGGCGGCCAUGAGUAAUUUUGCCUUGAAGGUUAUUGAACCAUUUCCAGUAGAGAUCUUUCCGAACUACCGUCCAGUUGGUUAUAGAGGAUAUGACAAAGGAUUUUGCAUUGAUAAUUCUUUGCUUCAUAUCUUUCAAAGAACUAGCUCUCUGAGAACAUUCUACACAGACUGUGAUCUAUUAAAUUUGUUCACUGUGGGAAAAAUACACACCAAUUAUGGUGUGAUUACAUGUAUAAAGUUACAUAGUUAUCUUUACUCUUUAAAUUUAUUUGCAAAAUCUAAUUCAGCAUUUCACUUUAUUUUUCAAAAGCUCAAACAAGUACUUAAGCAACAGUCUGUACAUUGUAAGAUUUUCAUGCCCGAGGCUUUUUGGCCUAUUCAUAAAGAGUAUUUACAAGGAAUGCCAUCUUUCUUAAAUGGUAGAAAAGUCAAACUUUGCUCGUCUUUGUCUGAAAUGCUGGAAUCAGCAGCUACCAAUUUAACAUUGACCAAUUUUGAAAACACUUUGACAGUUGUCAAAAGCUGCUGUUUCAAAGAAUUGAGCCAAGAUUUGGAGUCUUCUCCCACAGAAGGUCAAAUAAUGAUACUUGGCUGUGACUGUUUUAAGUAUACCAUGGACUUUCUUGAGUCGUUGAAAAGGCUUUUUAAGUAUGAUCUUGAGGUCGCUGCUAAUGAUCAACAUUUUAAAAGAGUCUACCUAGUUCCAGAAUCCUCACCAAAAGUCCUUGUUGCUGAGUUUUCGAUUUUCUCCUUACAAGCUGAACAGUCUUUACCUUUCUGCACCAUUUUCUGUGAUUCUAUGGCAAAAUGUAUUUUUAAAAUAAAUCAUUGGCAGGAAAUUUGGUCCGAAAACACUUCGGUUGUGCCUGAAACGUCUACUAUGUUGCUUGCAAGUUUAUAUCCUUCUACCUUUAAAUUUGAUGUUAAUUUUUUGGUUACGCCUGAUUUUAGGUUAUCUAAAUUUUAUGAGCUUAUGUGGAAUUUUACCCUUAUUGCUGUGAUUAAUGUUGAACUUAUCAGCAAAUAUAUACCUGACAACGAUAAUUCAAAGAUGUAUUUAUGUUUUAGAGUGUACUAUAAGUCUUUCAUUCAUCCUUUUUGCCGGACCAUAGCUUUAGAGUUUCAUCAAAAUGUAGUUUCCAAAGGAAUCCAAGUAGUUCUUAAUGCCCCCAUUUGUUGAAGCUAAUAUCUAGUGAAAUCGAACCAACCUGCAUUAUUAAUUUGUUAGUUGCCUUCAUAUCAUUGAUUUUUGUGACAUUUGCAUUUGUAAUUAUAAUCAAUUCUGAGUGAAAAAA